UUCUCAACCAACUAUAUCAACACGGAAGAAAGUUUUGGACUUGGAAAUACCCAGUUAUUAUCGGUGUUAAUACAACACACGGAAGUUGCAGGUGAUCCUUGCCGAACCAUGUGUUGAACCGGAAACCAGUCGACUGUUGGUCACCGAUGUUGUCACUUUGAAAAUACGAACUUUAGUAUCCGUUUUGUCAGUGAAUGUCAUGUUCUGUGUUCGUUAGUGAUCGUCUCGAAAUCAGCUGACGAUUGGCAGCUGACAAUAUUAGUCAAGCUUCAACAAAUACGCCAAGAUGAUCAACAAUAAUCCAACAUCCCCAUCAAACUCACAACGCUAGUGGAACCUCCGACCAUGCAGGCAGCACAUGAGAAGACGACCUCGCUCAGACGACAUGUUCAGAAGGUGAAGGUCGUGACAGUGGGCGACAUGGAUGUGGGGAAAACAUGUCUGACAUUGAGGUUUAUGAAGAACACGUUCAACGAAGAAAGCCGUGGCACUGUGGGUGCAAGUUUCCUAGCCAAGGCGGUGGACAUCCCAGACAAGACUGUCAUAUUUCAGGUGUGGGACACAGCAGGGCAGGAGAGAUUCCGCAGCCUCAUCCCCAUGUAUCUCCGGGACGCCAAGGCAGCCAUUGUUGUGUAUGAUGUCACAGACCUGGAAUCAUUCAAGAACAUCAAAGGUCACUGGUUGCAAAUGCUUCACAAACACGGCCCCACUGACAUUCGAGUAGCCAUUGUAGGCAACAAGAUAGACAAAGAGACAGAGAAAGUUGUUCCCACAAGGGAAGCCCAGAAAUUCGCGGAGGAUCACAGAUUUCUGUUUCUGGAAACAUCAGCUCUGACAGGAGAAAAUGUAGAAAAACUCUUUUAUGAUGUUGCCCAUCUUCUGGGAGAUACGCUGGAUGAGGAGGAUACUAAACAAGACAGUGAAGAAAUGAGUGUCCAGCUCUCUGAUGAAGUUCCUCCUCUUGUGGGGAAAAGGAAGAAGUGUUGUACUCACUUGUGAUACUGGCUCAAGUCAUCUUAUUUGCAGAGCACACCUUUGGGGUACCGUAUUCGACAUAAUAAGUGCCCAGGGCGCUCUCACAA